GCCCGCCCCAUCACCGACCUCGACAAGGUCGAGUACCCCGAGGGCUCCAAGGCGCCGUCGGCCGAGCUCAACGCCGGCGCCGAGCCGGGCAAGUUCCGCUACGACCGCGAGUUCCUGCUCCAGUUCAUGCAGGUGUGCCAGGCCAAGCCCGACAAGCUCCCCAAUCUC